UACCAAGUGAGUCAACUCCUCGAACCGGCGCUAGCGGCAGCACAAUCCAACACUUGGUUAAUCACAGUUAUAUUGUGUUUGAGGGCGGCAAUCAAUACUUUUGGAUGAAUAGACCCCGAAUGCCACUAACAUCACUCUCAUGGAGAAAAUAUCUGCAAUGUCGGUGGUUCUAUGAUCACUGGGAGACGUGAUCUGUCCGAGUCUCUCAAUGCCUGCUGCACCUUGACUCUGGUAUGGAAGGUAUCUGCAGCUGUGAGCGAUAGUUUGUACCACCACAAAAAGCUCGCGUCUGAGCUUCAGAACCCUGUCUCCACAUGCUUACAGGAACACAGUGCCUCCUGGAUCCCCCAUCCACAUUCCAGACCGCCUGAAGGCCCAUGGCAUCGUGGAUACACCACACAAGAUCUUGCCACGCUUCGCCGCAGACCUUUCACAUCCGAGGAACACUCAGCGAACUUUUUGAAAUCCGUGUCACCCGCUCCGUUUCUGUGUUUAUGUGCCGAGGCAGCUGCCUUUUUCUCACGAAGCAGGCGGAGAUACUUGGAAGAUACCUAGGUACGUUAUACACUGCAGCUGCGGCCAUGUCAUGAUUGAA